AUGGCGGACAAAGGCCGGCGGGAGGUCGAGAUGCCGCCCGGCUUGCUUGGCGCCAUCUUCACGUGGUUCCCCUCACUCAGCCGCCUCAAAAUGCCGGCCGCCUGGUGCCUCCACGUGAAGACCAAGUGGCGGGAGGUGGAGAGGAUUGUAGACAAAAGGAAGAACAAGAAGGGCAAAUGGGAAUAUCUCAUCAGGUGGAAAGGCUAUGGAAGCAAUGAAGACACCUGGGAACCUGAACAUCAUCUACUACAUUGUGAGGAAUUUAUUGAUGAGUUCAAUGGACUACAUGUUACCAGAGAAAAGCGAUCAAGACAUGGGAAACAGGCCAGCGCUCCAAAAUUUUUACGGGAAAGCCGAGGGUCAUCUGUUGAGAAAAUAUCACAUAGACCUUCUGAAUCUGGGAAGUCUAAAGGGUCAACACACAAAAGGAAGAGAAUUAAUCCAUCUCUUCAAAAACAGAAAAGAGGAUACGCAGCAAAGCCAGCAUCUGCUAAUGACAGGGCUGCUAAAACUGUGACUUACCGAACUACUCCCAGCGGUUUACAGAUCAUGCCACUGAAAAAGCCACACAAUGGUCUGCAGAAUGGAGAUGGCAGUCACGAAAAAGAUUCUAGACAUUUUGGGAAUGGCUCACAACAGCAAAAUAUGGAUUUAAAUGAUCAUGAAGGAGAACAAAAUUUGCCCAGCGUGUUGGAAGUUAGUAAUGAUUCACCUGUUGUGAAUGGAAUUGGUUCUUCUCUGGCCAAUGGAAGCUUGAAUCUACACAGCACUGUGAAAAGGAAACUAGAUGGGGAGAAAGAUUAUGUCUUCGAUAAGAGACUAAGAUACAGCGUGCGUCAAAAUGAAAGUAACUGCCGGUUCAGGGACAUUGUAGUCCGGAAAGAAGAUGGUUUCACCCAUAUUUUGCUGUCAAGUCAGACUUCAGAUAACAAUGCACUGACCCCAGAGAUCAUGAAGGAAGUUCGGAGAGCAUUGUGCAAUGCAUCAGCUGAUGACAGUAAACUCUUACUUCUCAGCGCAGUGGGAAGUGUAUUCUGUAGUGGCCUAGAUUACUCAUAUUUAAUUGGCAGGUUAUCCAAUGACAGAAGAAAGGAAAGCACUAGGAUUGCAGAAGCUAUAAGGGAUUUUGUAAAAGCUUUUAUUCAAUUUAAGAAGCCAAUUGUGGUUGCUAUCAACGGCCCUGCUCUUGGGUUAGGAGCUUCUAUUUUACCACUAUGUGAUAUCGUUUGGGCAAGUGAGAAGGCAUGGUUUCAGACACCAUAUGCAACAAUCCGACUCACUCCAGCUGGCUGCUCAUCAUACACAUUCCCACAAAUUCUGGGUGUUGCACUGGCAAAUGAAAUGUUGUUCUGUGGGAGAAAACUGACAGCACAGGAAGCCUGCAGCAGAGGAUUAGUGUCACAAGUAUUUUGGCCAACAACAUUUAGCCAAGAAGUGAUGCUACGAGUGAAGGAAAUGGCAUCCUGCAGCGCAGUGGUAUUGGAAGAGUCCAAAUGUCUCGUGAGGAGCUUCCUGAAAUCCGGACUUGAAGAUGUGAAUGAGAAAGAGUGUCAGAUGUUAAAACAGCUGUGGAGUUCUUCCAAAGGACUGGAUUCAUUAUUCAGCUACUUGCAAGACAAAAUCUACGAAGUCUGAUGUCUUGGCCUAACUCGAAGAGAAAAUGCUCCGCUUGUGAACAGAGUCAAACAUUACCUGUGUUUGAAAAGCAGAGGCAAUGCAUCAUUGAGGAAUUUGUGACAGUGUACCCUAAUACAUAUGGUUGUGUCGAUUUCCUUGUGAGCUACACAGCUGCUUGUAGCUGGUUUGAUUUUGUGUAACCGAGACGUAGGCAGGCUUGUUCCGUGCACAUAAUCUCUACAGAGGGCUGCAUCUUUCACGUGCUCAUCCAGAUAAAAGUAUACAUUCCAUGUGCUGAGAAGCACCACUGAGGCCCAAUAAGGCACACCAUCUGUAAUGGUUUAUUUUGUCUGUCCUUCUUAACUUAUUCUUGCUGUUGCAACACAUCUGGGCUGACAUAGAGGGCUCAACCUAAGAACUGGGUCAGCACGAUAUUUUGUAGACCCAAACUCCAUACUUUAGAUAUAUUUUAAUUAUUUUUUUCUAAGUUCUAACAGUGUAAUGGAAAAAUCUGAUAAUUUAUAUGUAUAAUAUGUAAAGUUAGUUUUGCAAAAACUACUAGGAUUUUUUUCUUUGUUGAAUUUAUUUAACUUAUUUAUUUUGUGUUCAUAUUCAGCUGUUUAUUGAUCACAGAUCUUAUUUUCAUACAUCCCUUGACUGAAUUAAUGGCAUCACAUGAGAAUGCAGACACAUUUUUAGCAGCAAAUUGUGUAGAAAGAUAAAGAAUAUAUAGAAAACACACAUAACGCUGUGGGCAGUAAAAGAAACAGCCACGUGCAUGCUCCUCUAUGUGCAAAAUCGUACAGAAAAUGUCUGAAAUAAUAGAUUCAUUUGCCUGGAUUAAGGGAAAAAAGUGGAUUCUGAAAUAGCGAGUCCCCCCUAAGUCUCUCUUCACUUUCUGCCUUCUUGAGGAGCAUUGAAGGGCUCGCCAACAAGAUGCUUUAUUUAAGUUUACUAUAUUCCUGUUAGCCGGAUGUCAGUAACAGGGUGAGUGGUGCCGUUAUGUGGCAUCGUACUGUUUUUCAGGUUUAAACAUCCCCUUUUGGUCUGAAGUCUAAAAGCAAAUCCUUAUGAGCCUUAGUCUAGUUGCCUGAUUCCUCAGGUGUGAGAUAAUUUCUGCUCUGGAGGCCUUUGGGUGUGGGCCAACAGUUUAUACAAGGUGCUAGGUAUUGAACUAAGUGGAGGGGGAGAUUUUGUUUUGCUAUUCCCAGCUCUCCACAUCUGGCCACCCCACCACCUGGUACAAGAACUUAAUGGCUAUCCAUAAAAGCAGUCCACAAUAAAUGACAAAACUCCAAUCUGCUAGUUUAGAAUGUGAUCCCAGUACUUUUCAGUGACACUGACUGACUUGUGAACACUGGAUCGCUCCCAUUUCUUCCUUGCUAGUAAGGCAAUUAAUAUGGAAAUAACACAAGCAUGCUCUGUGACUUCACCUGCCAUUUUAGUAUGCCCGAAUUAAAACCUCUUGAAGCAGAAGCUUUGCACAUUCGUUUGCUUUGUAAUUUGUGCACUUGCUCUCCAUCCUUGAGCUCAGUGACUUGGUUGUGGUUUAAACCUCUGCAAAUGAGGCUGCUAGCUAUUUUCCCUCCCCGUAUUUCCAUGAAGAGUUUCAACAAAGCCUUUGUAAAGUUAACGAACAGUU